AUAGGCGUGACGAUGGCGUACGGACUGCUGCUGGGCGACACCUGCCAGCACGAUAUGGACUGCUCGGACAGCGUCAAGGGCAGCUACUGCACCCUGGAGGGCGUCUGCGAGUGCAGCCCGUUCUACGUGCGGCUGAACGAGUCCACCUGCCUGCCGUCACAACUGCUCGAAAGUGAGUGUAGCCUGUCCGAGCAGUGCUCGAUGCGUGUGGCGAACAGCAGCUGCAUCGAAGGCCGCUGUCAGUGCGACGGUGGAUUCCUGCAGUUCCGUAAACAUACCUGUCUCUCGCCGGCCCAACCCGGCACGGUGUGCUACAGCCACGCGCACUGCCGUAUGUGGGACAGGGAAAGUCACUGCGACUUCCUAAUCCCGAACCUGUUCGGUCGCUGCCAGUGCACGUCUCCGGCGCGCCAGAACGGACCGACCUGUGUGACGGAGAGUGUGACGGAGCCGGAGCUGCCCGGGUUCGCCAAGCCUCAGCAGCAGAGUCCGGCGGAGGAGGAGAAGGAGCAGCAGGAGGGCUCGAUCGACCGCAUGUCGACCACCACCGAGGACGACGUGAUUGUGGUGGAGAACUUGGUGCUUCGGGAUGGCGCGAUGGCCGACGAGCAGAUGAGUGCGGCCGAGGGUCACAUUACGACCGAGUACCAACCGUCGGCGUCGGACGAGGACGGUAUCAGCACGACGGACUUCAUUGAAAUCACCUCACCCGGAUACUCCACGGAGCGGGACCAGGAAGCGGCGACCGACGGGACGACACGGAACGGUAUGGAGCAGUACGAAAACACCGAACAGUACGUGAACCUGGAGAAGGACGUCGAGGAGCAGUUCAAGCAGCAGGAGCUGGAGGAUGCCCUCUCGACGACGACGGCGGCCGCAUGGGCCGGAGAGAUUGCCGAGGCCAUCACCACACAGGAGCACGAGCUCGACCCAUUCGGCAAGGACGCCACCACUCUGACGUCGAUCGAGGUGACUUCGGACAGCGAUGGGACAACGGUGCGUGGUGAGCCGGAAGCAAUGGCCUCAAAUGACUCACCCACAACUACCGAGUUCGAAUCGGACCACUCGGAGCCAAACGAGACGGAAAACGAGGUAGAAAUUGUGGAGUACGACCGUACCACCGCUUCGGAGGGUAAUACACAGCAGGCCGCCUCGUUGCUACAGGAAACAACCACCGAGCUCGGAUCGGAGCGUCCCGAACGGUACGACGACACAACGACCGCUUCCUCCGCCGAGCAAUCGGAAGAGCAGGAGGAAGAAUUGGCGAACGAUGGCAAGGAGAUGACCACGACCGAGUUCCUACAGCAGUACCACGACGUGCAGCUGCGCCGCCAGGACUCGAAGCUGUUCGACGAGGACGAGCUGAUAGUGGAGGAGGACGAAGUGCGGGCGGAACCGCGCGAGAAUGAAAUCGCAGACUCCGGACCGCUCCGCACCACCACCGAAACGUUGGUCCGACUGGCAAGCCGUACGACGGCCAUGGAACCGGAAGCUCCACUCUCGACGACGGUGGCAUCGGUGCUCGCGGCUGAAGCUACCACCACGGCAACAACACGAAUUCGCACACGCGUCGACUUGGGAGAUGGACCCGUUUCGCUCGGACUUGCUUGUGCAACCAGUGAACAGUGCCAGCUGGCCGAUCCCUACAGCUAUUGCAGUGACGAGGGACGGUGCGAUUGUUCCUUCCGCCAGCCGGACGACUCCUGCCGGGCUACCAACACCGGAUGCUCGCGAGGAACGUUCCAGUGUCGCUCGAGUGGAAUCUGCAUCAGCUGGUUCUUCGUGUGCGACGGCCGACCGGACUGCAGCGACGCAUCGGACGAGGAGUGCAACUUCGCGGUGAAAUCGAACGGCACGCUGCUGGGAUCGACCACCAGCUGCCCGGAGCUGUCGUUCCGGUGCGAAACGAGCGGCCGGUGCAUUUCACGGGCCGGAAUCUGCGACGGCAAGGCACAGUGUCCGCACGGCGAGGAUGAGGUUGGUUGCGAUUUCCGCAAGUCGCGCAAAUGUCCGGAGCACACGUUCAUGUGCCGCAGCGGCGAGUGUCUGCCGGAGUAUGAGUUCUGCAACGCCAUCGUGUCGUGCCGGGAUGGCAGCGACGAACCGCCGCACCUCUGCGGAUCCCGGGCCGUGCCGAACUUCUUCGUGAAGCUGCUGAGCGGUCCGACGGCACGUGGACGCAACUACUGCCCGAUGAGGUGUGGAAAUGGACGGUGCCGCUCGACCGCCAUAGUUUGCUCCGGACGGGACGGUUGCGGAGAUGGUAGCGAUGAGGAUCGGUGUUCCGUUUGCCGAUGCCCGGCGCCAGCCUACAACCACGUCCUGUCGGUUGCACCCGUCGUCGCCGCCGUCGCCCCCGCCCCAGCCGCCAUCGUCGUCCCGAAGCAACGGAGUAGGACGAGCCGCAUCACCGGUGGACACUGGUCGCGGACAUAG